GAUCCACUUCAAACACGUGCUGUAAAGCGGAAACAACAGACUGAAAACAGAACGAGAAGCUUUCGAUUCUAGACAUUAAUAAUCCAAACAAAGACCUGAGUAUGUGGUCGUCUUGGAGCUUCACAAAAUAACGCGGACGCUUGAACUACACCGUUUAUAAGAAUAAAACCGUAGUUGGGAUACAUCUUUACAAAACCAGACGACGUAAGCUGUUUCGAUGUUCAAACGUAAACAUCCGCCGAGCAGUUCACGUCCAUGUGUCAGCAGCCUCUUCACUGUGCUACCCUUGUUUAGAAUGAGUGUAUCAGUCCAAAACAGAGGACAUGCCAUUCUCAGCUAAUGGUCAGUUAAAAUACAACUCGAGUUGAUUUAGUUUUAAUCACAAGUGAUUUGCUAAGCCGUCAGCGUUAGCAAAGAUGCUAAUGUGUUAGCAUGCGAGCUAACUUGGCUACGAGAGCUGUGUGUUUGUGUAACCACAGACUCGACUAUGUCGUUUGACAGCACAAAUAAUAUACAGUCCAUCUCGGCAAACUAAUGCUACAGUUUCACAAGCGGACAUCCUUAUUAUGGGUCUAACAUUACUGAACUUAGUUUUUAGUUCAAUUGGGAAAUGCAUAGAUGUCAUUUGCCUCCUCCUGGAUUUAAAUUUUGUGAUUGUCAGCUCAGUGAUUCAGCUGUUGGUGGCAGUGAUCUCCUUUAUAAAUAGUCUGCCCAUGCUACUCACAAAUUCAGUGUCGGAGUGCUGGAAUCUCAGUCUGCUUUGCAUCAUCACCAUGAGGGACGGAGUGACCGUUGUGACCCAUAACAUGUUCGGAGGCUGGAUGCAGCUGCUGGGGGGGCUCCUGGAAAGCUUCAAGAUGAUCGGAUACCUGUCUUCGCAUCUACUGCUCCGCACCAAAGAGCUUCUCCAUCGUGGACUGUUGUCGGGACACAGUUUGCUGCGCCAGGCCUGGGAAGGCUGUGGGAUUGUGUUCAGCUUGCUGCUGUAUUUCAUCAACACGAUCAUCAACUUGCUGCUCAUAGGCACGCAGAAUUUAUACUCGGUGGUGGUCAGCACGGUGGAAGCGGUGUCCUGCCCUUUGCAGAAAGCCCUUGAGCUGACUUUGACGGUGUUGACGUUUCUUUACAGCAGUCUUGUCGGCACCUCCAUCCUGCUGUGGACGCCAUGCAGACUGGCGAUGGAGUUCCUGGGAUCCGUGUGCCAUGUAUUUGUGAGCACUUUCCUGCUCAACUCUUACGGGCUGCUGCUCACGCUGAUCAUAAUCGUGAGUGCCACUGUAUAUCUAAACCCCAUGCUCCCACGACUUGUGUUUUUGCGUGUAAUCAACUACAUCAACACUGUUCCCAUCCUACAGCGUCUCCAAAGGGCUCUACAUCGUCUCUAUUUGCUCGAGAGGAAUGUGUGGUGGCAACUGGCCUGGAAUCGCAGCCAGAUAAUGGUUCCUGCAAGGAUGGAAAUGGCUGAGAGGGACGUUAGACAGCCUGAUCCCAACCCUGAGCCUCAAGUUGGCCUAGAUGUGCCGGAAAAUACACCUGAGGAUGCCCACCAAGUGGACGAGUCUAUAAACCCGCCACUUCCCAGUUCAAGCACUCACAAGUCACUCCGGAAGUUUCCUUCGCAGGACAGUUGCAAAGGCCCUCCGGCUGACAACCUGCUGACUCUUCUGCAGGAGCAGGAGGAGAGGAAGAAGUGCGUGAUCUGUCAGGACAGCACCAAGACCGUCGUGCUCCUACCGUGCCGUCACUUGUGCUUGUGUAGAGACUGCACCAACAUUUUGCUCAGCCAGCCUGUCGACCAACAGAACUGCCCCCUGUGCCGCCACAUGAUCCUUCAGACCAUGGACGUGUAUCUCUGAGGGAGGCAUUUAGGGAUGUGUUUCUGUCAUCCUCAGGUUUUUUGAGCGCCACUGUUCUUCAAAUGUGGGAAACCACUUGUUCCUUUAUCAUAGAUGAUCAUUCCACUACUGUUGCUUGUAUAUAGAUUUGAAUCACAACCUUUUUCUAAAUCGUGAUCGCGAGGCUGCUGACUGUGCUUUCUUAUGAUUUUAUAUUCAUUGUCACUUUUUUCAUCCGCUUCUAGAAGCAACACUAUUUUUUUCAUACAGCAAUAUCACAUGAAUGUAAGCUUUGUAUUAAAAACAUUAAAACGGGAUGUUACUUCUUAAGAUCGAAGAUUUAUAAUUGUCAAGUGUUUAUUGGGAACAUUUGUAUGCUACAAUACUAAUGUUGGGCCUUUAAGUAUGAAUUGUUGUCUACUUGAUUUGUUUCUUGCCUGACUUCAUGGGAACUUUUGAAACCGCACAAUAAUCCACAAGUAAUUAAUGUCUUCAGUCCAGCAAUAAGUGUCUUGUGAAGUGUAAGGCUGUAUUUUUAUAAUAUGCAGCUCCAUCAUUAAGAAAUCUUUUAACUUCAAACCAUUCCAAAAUGUCCUUUAUCCAUAAUAUUACAUUUUCCAGUGAAAAAGUCGUCAUGUCUGAAUCAGGAGAGAAAUAUGCACAGAUUAAGCAACGUUUACAAGUGAAAACAAUCCAAAUAUUUUCUAAACAAAUAUGUCGGUGGAUUUUGAUACAAGAGGACUACGUGGGAUGGACUUUUUCAUUGGAGAAAGUAUUAAUCUUGCUAGAAAUGGUAGUUUAAACUUCAGAUGUUUCUUACAAACAUGCAGCUUUUCAGUGUUAAUUGAUGGAUUGGAUUCUUGUCGAUUAGCUGUGGGUUAUUGUGAGGUCUAUAAGGAAUAUUUGUAUACUACAAUUAAUGUUGGGCCUUAGUAUGAUUUGUUGUCUGCUUUUUUUUUUUGCCUGACUGUAAAAAUGAUGAAAGGUUUCAUGGGAGCAUUUACAACAUCAUAUUGUUUUUUCAUGAUUUUUUUGUUUUGCAUACAUUGUAAUCAUUCCACUAAAGCCGUUUUGCACUCUUUUUAAAUGCAAGUGUCACUACUAUAUUUUCCAAACCCGUUCUACAAUCUGAUGAUGUUUUUGUCAUUUAUUAUUGAACAUCAUUAAGGGUCUCUCACUGCUCAAGUGGUAUUGAUUAAUGCAUUUUGAGAUCGAAAUUUUGUGCUUGUGUUUUUGUUUUGAGAGACGGUAAUUCAAUUCAGUUGCCGGUAAAAACAGAGUUGCAGAAAGGCUUUUAGCUAUGCUAUUUUGGAAAACAUUGUAUGUAUACAUUAGAGAAACAAGGUAGUACUACAGGUUUUUCUGGUUUAUAUCAAUUUUGUUUGGUCUUACAUGACAAUUCAAAACCCAUUCAGAAAGGCACGAUGCGCAAGACAAUCAGGUGAAUUUAAUAGGAAAAAAAUGCAUUUGCAAGGUCCAUGCAAGCUGUUGUCCUUCUUAAAAUAUAAAAAUGACUCCCUUAUCCUUUCUGUCACUCUCAAUUCUGCACAAAGCAGGUGACAAGCACUAACCCAUGGUCUAUCAUUGUAAUUUUAAGGUUUUUAAACAAGCUGUGAUUUCAUUCCAUAUUAAGCCGCAAGCCUUUUGUAUUCUUGUACCACAAAUGUUUGUUUUCUAUGAAGGUCUCCAGUGAUGCUGUUUGUGGGUAGAGCAGAUGUCUGUCUCUCCAGAGGCCUGGAUAAAAUCAAAACCACAUUCACUGACUAUACAAAUGAACAAUAAACAGUAUUUGACUCUG